UCUGUUAUUCUCAGUUAACAGAGAAAUUUAGGUCUUUUUUUGAUUUUAUUGAAGAUUUUGAGAAUUAUGUCUCCACCAUUUGAAGGAGGAAAUCAAAUAAACACUGGGUUUGUUCAGAAAAAACCAGAAACUAAUGUUAUCAGUAUUAAUGUUGGUGGUCAAUUAUUUCAAACAACAAAACAAACCCUAGCUUUAUCUGGUUCAAAUUCAAUCCUCUCUAAAAUUUCUUCAAGUUCUGUUUACAAUGAAGUUACAAUCCCAUUUAUUGAUAGAGAUCCAGAGAUUUUCUCAAUCUUAUUAUCACUUCUCAGAACAGGAAAUCUACCAUCAAAAGCGAAAGUUUAUGAUUUACAAGAUUUGAUAUUUGAAGCUAAAUUCUAUGGAAUUGAGAGUUUGUUAGUGAAUUCUGUAUCAAACCCAUCUCAGUUUGAAGGUUUUAAUCUAGAAAAAUCAUUCCUUUUACCACUUAAUGGGAGGGAUUCAGUUUCUGUGAUAUCAGCUACUCCAUAUGGUUCAAUUCAUGUUGCUCAUGGGAGCAAAAUCACAUCUUUUGAUUGGUCAUUGAAUAGGAAGUCGACAAUUUUGACUGAGUUUUUAGCUAUUGAUUCUUUAGUAGCUAUUGAUUCUUCAUUAGCAGCUGCAGGUGCAACAGAUUUCUCUGGGUUACAGAUUCUGGAUUUGAAGAAUGGAGUUGUUAAGGAACGCGUAGUUUGGGAGAAUCAAACGCGGUCUAGUUCAACUGUACAAGCAAUUGGUACUAACGGGGCACAUUUGUUUACUAGCUUCGAAUCUGGAAGGCGGAAUUCGAGUUCAAUUAUGGUGUUUGACAUCAAUGAAGGGUUUAAACCAGUCACAGAAGUAGGCCAGCAUGAGAUUUAUGGUGCAGAGAUUAACUCAGGAAUUCCUGCAACAAAAUUGAAAUGGGUGGAUAGCUUUAAUCUGUUGAUGGCAUCUGGGUCUCAUGGUGGUCCAUCUGGUAUUACAGGGAAUGUCAAGUUAUGGGAUUUGCGUUCGCGUAAAAUUUAUUGGGAAUUCAAUGAGAAAGUUGAUUGCUUUGCAGAUGUUACAGUUUGUGAUGAUUUGGGGUGCAUUUUCAAAGUUGGUGUGAAUUCAGGUGAAGUUUAUUUUGCCGAUAUGAGGAAAUUGAGUAGCGAAAAGCCAUGGGUGUGUAUCGGUGACGAAAGGAAAGGGUUUGGGAAGAAGAAAGAAGGGUUAGGGUGUAAGAUCGAGAGCCAUGGGAAUCAAGUGUUUUGUAGUAAGAAUGGCGAUAUUGAAUUGUGGUCUGAAGUUGUUUUAGGUAAUAAAGGGGAUGGAGAUAGGUUGUUUAGAAGAAAUUUGAUGGGGAGAAUGAAAGAUAUGGGGAAGAAUAGAGUUACACAAAUUGGUUUUGGUGGAAAUAAAAUGAUUGUUAGCCGAAAAGAUGAACAGUGUGUUGAAGUUUGGCAAAGUUCAGUUAGGGGGUUCUGAAUUUUUUUUUAGAGAUGGAAGAUUUGUUUUGUGCAUAGAGAAAAUUAUCAUGUUUGUAGAAUCAUGCCAGUGCAGUAUUGAUAGAUGAAAAACCAAUUAUUCUUAUCUGAAUUCAGUGUAAAAAUGUUGAUUGAUUGUUUUGUUAGUGUUAAAUUAAAUGAGAAAGAAACAGAGAACUAGAUAUGA